UAAUCGGAAGCCAUCGAUUCAUCUUAACCUCCACGAAUCUCUUCUUCUCUUCAGCUUCUCUCCCGAUGGCCUCCUCCGCCGUCGUCUCCGGUGCCAGAUCGAUGCUUCGAGCUGCUUCGUCUCGGAGCGUCGCUGCUUCCACUGGCCGCUUCGCUUCUCAAGCGAAAUCCAUUCCGCCGAUGUUUAGAGCCACCGCCAGAAGAAGCUCACUGCUUUCACCUCUCAGAAAUCCUGUGGAAAUGAGCUUCUGUGUUGAGUCAAUGUUACCAUACCACACUGCCACAGCUUCCGCGCUAAUGACUUCAAUGCUUUCUAUCUCUGGACAGAGCUAUGGCUGGCUCUCUGACGCUUGCAAUGAUGAUGUGUGAUGAGUUAGCCAGAAGAUCAAUGAAGCUACUACAGUUUAUCUUGCAAAGAGGACUUUUGAUGAUGUCUACAAGUAUCCAAUGCGAAUCCGAGAAAGAAGGUUUAAGAGAGUUUAGGCAAAGAAUAAUGGUUGUAAUGCACAAACACAUGAGCUCUUUGUCUUGAAUUUUCCAUAUAAUAGACAGAUCCUAUUUUUAAUUCAACUCUCUGUGAUCUCUGUUACAUCAACUCACAA